AUGAAUUUAUCUUGCUUAAUUCCUCAUUUUCUUGUCUCAGUAUUUCGAGUUUAUAGUUUAGCUCGUGAACUUUAGAUUGAUAGUCGUAGUUUUCUGAUUGGAGCUUAUGACUUUGCAUUAAUUUUCUGUUUUACAGUGAAAGAAUUUCGAUUUCGUUAGUCAUUCUAUACUUUAGAUCUUUUUAAUCUUGCACUAUUCUAUGACUCUCUUAGAUUAAGCUGCGAUUUUCUUCAUUUAAAAUUUUAUUGUCCUUACGCAGUUUGUCAAUAAUCUCAUUAAGAUUAUCGACUUACCUGUAGAGUUCAUCUUCAAUAGGAUUUAAUUUAGAUAUUUAUUCGUUAUUUUUCUUAUCAUAAAAUCUCCUUUUAAUGUCCUCCACUUCUUUAUCGUGGCUAUACUUUAAAGCGCUGUAUAUUUCAAUAUCAUCCUAAGCAUUAUUUUUAACAUCAUUUUCUAUAUUAGCUCUCUUUCUUUCAGGAACACUUAUUUCCAUAUUUUCUUAUUGCAACUCGUAUUGUUGCUCUUCCUACUCAUAAUAAACUUAUUAUUCUUCUUAUUCUUUUUAAUUAUCUUAAAUAUCGCAAAUUUAAAUUUAAGAAGUUGAAUUUUGAUUGCUUUGUAGAGAGUCACGAACUUACUAUCUUAAACCUACAUUUUCUUUUUUUAAAUUAAUGA